GGGUUAACAGAAAAUGUGAUUAUCCCAUCUUGUGAUCCCAUUUCCAUCCAUGAAAGAAAGUAUUUUAGUUUUGCAAAGUGGGUCAUAUAUGCACGCAUACUCGGUUCAGAUCCUGCUGGAAAGCUCCUGAUCAGUAAUAUAUUGCUCAAAUCAUGUGUCCUGAUGCCGUGGUGGUGAGUUGCUGACCAUAUUGAGGAGUGUGAGAGCAGCAUCAUGGACACGGGGUCUCUGGCACCUGGGGGUCCUGCUGUGGAGCUGGGUCUCCAGAGACUCUCCUUUGCCUACCAGAACCUCUCUGAGAUUCCCUACGACACUAUCCUCCAACAACAGGACACCCUAGAGGUUCUGGUCCUUAGUUACAAUUUGCUGGACGAACUGUUAACGGAACCCGGCUCUUUUGGGGGUCUGGAAAAGCUCAGCACACUCAUCCUGGACUGCAACAACUAUAAUUCACAUGUCAAAUUUCCCUAUAUGCCCAGCCUCACCACCUUAUGGCUCAACAAGAACAAAAUCAGCAACCUUCCCAUUAUUGUAGAGGAGAUCUGCUCCAAAUUUCCAAAUAUCAGAUUUUUUAGUAUGAUGAACAAUGAAGCAGCACCCAGUUAUUUUAAUGGAGGGAGUCUUAACCAGUAUGUUGAUUACAGGGAGUAUGUGAUCAGUCAAAUUCCCAGUAUAGAGGUGCUGGAUGACACGGAAGUGCAGGAAAAAGAGCGAGAGCUGGCCCGGAAAACCUAUAGGAUGCAGAGGAUCAGAGAAGGCAGCAGAAAGAGGAAGGAGCUUCAUCGCUAACAGCAAACCGUUAAUAAUCUCAUAUCAUAAGUUUCCCCAGGCUAUAUGUGCCUAUUUACAAUACCACAACCAUCUAAGCACUCAUACCAGACUUCACAUGCUUCAAAGCCUGUUGACAGCAAAAUUAGUUAUGAACCAAAACAUGUUUGCAUGUUUCAAACAGUGAUUGAAAGCUACAUCAAAUAAAUAUUACGUUAGACAUUUUAGGUUUCUUUCAGAACAUGUAAAUGCACUACGUAUAUGCUAAAAUGUAGCAUUCUUUAUUGGGUUAUCUGUGUAAAACAGUAUAUAUUUAAAGAACGUUUUCUUUCUGGUGUAAAGAAUAUAAAAACAGGUUUGGUUCAUAUUCCAUGUUAUAACAUUCCUUGUAUAAACUGUGUAAAGCUGGUGGUUGUUUUGAAGAAAAUAAAGUAAU